UGACACCAGCGCUGCGAGUAGACAACGCAAGCGUAAUUUAAACUCGCGGUUCUUGUCUGAACUUCCCCCCCUCUCUUUUCCCUUCUCCUUCUCUCUCUCUCUCUCUCUCUCUCUUUCUCUCUUUCUCUCUCACACCAUCGUGGAGCACAUAGAAGCUUUGUUCCUAGUGUGGUUGAUAAUAUUAACUAAAGAAAAGUUUUCUUUCUUUUCCCAAGACAUACCUGAAAGUCCGAAAAAACUGCUGUUCUGGUUUUUCUACUCCCUUUUUGUCAGAUAUCAACACAUAUUAAUCAUCCUUUACAAGAAGUGGACUUACUCGAAAGAAAAGAUACGAAUAAAGAAGCACACAAGUAUUUCCUAUUUUUUAAACUAUACUUCUCGUCGCAAGAAAGGGAAUAGAAUAAGAAGUAAACAAAACAGUAAAUUGAUUUGAGUCUUCAAUAAUUUGAAGAUCUUAAAUUAAUAAAAAACAUAAAUUAAAAAUAAACAGUAAAAGUUAAUAACAAGUAUGACAGAUGUUAUUGAACAUGCAGAUUUUUCAAAAAAUUCAAUGUCAUUCAAAUCUUCAGAAAAUCCACACGUAAUGUCAUCAGCACCACAACAAUUGUCAUUAGAGCCAGGAGUCGACGAAGUAGAUAAUCCAGAUUAUCGAUUUGAAUUGGUCAGAUUACAGAGCUUUGAGAAUUGGCCUGUCACAUUUAUAGAACCAAAAAGACUUGCAACAGCUGGCUUUUAUUACAUGGGUGAAGCUGAUACAGUGAGAUGCUUUGAAUGUCAAGUAGAGGUAAAUCAGUGGGAACAAAGUGUUUCUAUGCUAGAUCAUAUAAAGCAUUCGCAAACAUGCCGUUUUGUUAGAAAUGUACCGUGUGGUAAUGUACCUAUCGAUAUAGAUACUAACACAAUGUCAGUAUCCAGAUCAAAUACUGAAGAUGUUUGUGAAUCACGUGAUAGACCAUUUCAAAAUGGAUCUCUUCAAAGUGAAUGUGAUGCAAUAUCUUCUUUGGAAUUACAAUUUCCAAGUACUACUAAAUUAGCAUCUCUAGGUCUUGAAAAACCAAAGUCACCAGUACAUCCAGAAUAUAUAAGCUAUGAUGCUAGACUGCGUACUUUUGAUACAUGGCCUAAAUCGAUGCCACAAAAGAAAGAUCAAUUAGCAAAUGCUGGAUUUUUCUAUACAGGAAAAGGCGAUCAAACUUUAUGUUAUCAUUGUGGCGAAGGUUUAAAAGAUUGGGAGCCACAAGAUGAUCCUUGGGAACAACAUGCCAAGUGGUUUUCUAAGUGUUAUUAUCUUUUAAUGGUGAAAGGACAAGAAUAUGUGAAUAUGAUAAAAGAACAAGAAUUAGCAACAUCGUCUAAGGAGGAAACAAUCCGGAUGAAUUUACCAAAUUUCAUUCAAAAGAUUCAAUCAUCUUCAGCAGAUUUCAAAGGCACGAAACAAGGGAACUCAAAUAUUAAUUCUGGGGAUAAUGAUACAGAUAAUUUAAGUUCUAGUUCAAGUAGUAAAGAAAGCUCUAAAAAUUGUCAUGGUGCAAAGGCGCAUAAAUCUAUAGACGAUGCAAGAUUGUGUAAAAUCUGUUAUGAUGCAGAAUUAGGUGUAGUAUUCUUACCUUGUAGACAUAUGGUUACUUGUGUUAAAUGUGCACCUGCCAUGACCACGUGUGCCGUUUGUCGGCAGCCCGUAACAUUGACCUUAAGAGCUAUUCUUUCAUAAUCUAUAAUAUUUGUAUAAAUCAUAAGAACAAUAGCUCCUUUUUUGAAAAUUAACAACAUUUAAUACUUAUCAAUCUUUGUUUUUUUUUUUUUUCUUUAUGCAUUCCAACAAAUAACACUGUCAAUAGGUGCAGAAAGAAAAAGUAAAUAACAAUUUAAUUACAUGGAUCUUAACAGAAAAUCCUACUACUUCGUCGAAUAGUAUGUUCCGUUUUAAUGUUGGAUACAUUCUAAAUUGUAAGAUGUAAAUAAACAAAUGUAUGAUGAGUAUAUAUUACGACACAUCAUGUAAUCUAACAUACGUUGCAUUUAUACAACAAUCUAAAAUCUAUGAUUUCAUGAAUUAUUUGUUAAAAAACUUUGGAAGAUCGUUUAUACAUUUUUUUUUCAUAACGACUACAAGAAAAAAAAAAACAAAUAAAUGUUACUAUUCAAAUUAGUUUAGAUACAAAUUUAUUAAUUAUUAUUAAAGAUAUAUUCAAGUUUUGUUAUCUACGUACUUUAGGUGAUACGAAUUAUAUUGUUAUAUAUUAGUAUUAGCAUAUUGCCCAGUAAGCCCGGAAACGAUGAUGUUAUUGAACAAUAUGGCAUACGAUAAAACGAGUUAUUUAUUGACAGCCUCGCCCAAAGCGUGAUACAGCUUGGCACGCAACGGUGUUUCUAAUUCUAAACUCUAGGCCAGUGCCAGUAUGACGUAGGCAACAAGGUCAGUCAUUGAUACUUCGUUUCAGAUCAAUUAGUAAAUAGACGAUAUCUUUUUUUAUUUAUCUAAACACGUAUACCAGACAACAAUGUAUCCUAAGUUUUCUCAUUAUUUAAAAGCUAACAAACAUUUUUACUCGAAGCAAAUAUUACAUAAUCUAAAAACGUAAAUUGUAUGUCGCGUUGCAAGAUAUGCAGAUUAUAAUCAAACCUUCCGGCCUUCAACUAACUUACGCGAUGUCACGAGUAUAAAUUUCUUUUUUUCUACAAAACAUUUUUCUUUCGAAAGAUAAAAAUAUUUCCUUAAAAUACGAGUUAGAAAGUGAAAGAAAUAAACAAAAGCGUAGACGUAUAAAUAAAAAAAGAUCGGUAAUACGAUCGUAUACGAUUAAGAAAAUUUUUCGUUAAGGAAAAAAAGAAAAAGAAAGAAAGCGUGUAUGAAGCGUUAUAAGAAAGAUAAAAAAAUUGAAACUAUAAGACAAUCGGAUAUUACGAGCUCCUAUUUUUCUCAAGAAUUUUGGCACACUGAGUCAGUUAUAAAGCAAAGUGGAUAAAUAAACGUCGUACGAGUUUGUACUCUUAUUGCGCGAUCGCCUUUAAGGUUACGACCUAGGACGCGUAAUAUUGAGUGGGAAGGGGUGGGGGGAGCAAGCGAACGAGCGAGUAAGAAUCAGGGCGGGGGUAAGCAGCGCGCCACUUCGUGCUGAGACGCCGGCCUGUGUAGAUUCUGUGUGUGUGUCGAGCUUUCUUUUCGCGAGUUUCUUUUUCUUUCUUUCACUUUAUCUUUAUUUCUAUUUAUUGUAACAAGUCUUUAAUAACGAAAAAUGUCGGUUGUAUACAAAAAUACAAUGAAAGCUCUUGGGAAAUACGUGCCUGAAAAA